UCAGUAGUCACUCUUUACCAAUCCUCCCAGAUCUCCAGGCUUCCACUUCCAGGUGCAGCGGUUCAACUCUCCAAAACAUGGCCAAGGACAUGACUCUGCUGUGGGGCUCCGGCUCUCCUCCCUGCUGGAGGGUCAUGAUCGCUCUGGAGGAGAAGAACCUGCAGGGCUACAACCAGAAACUGCUCUCCUUUCAAAAGGGGGAGCACAAGUCCGCGGAGGUCAUGGCCAUGAAUCCCAGGGGACAGCUUCCUGCCUUCAAACACAAAGACUAUGUCCUGAAUGAGUCCUACGGUGCCUGCUUGUACCUGGAGAGCCAGUUCAAGUCCCAGGGGAGCAAGCUGAUCCCUGACUGCCCAGCAGAGCAAGCGAUGAUGUACCAGCGCAUGUUUGAGGGUCUCACACUCAACCAGAAAAUGGCGGAUGUUAUCUACUACAACUGGAAGGUCCCGGAAGGAGAGAGACAUGACUCCGCUGUGAAGAGAAAUAGGGAGGCUCUCACUGCUGAGGUCAAGUUGUGGGAGACAUACAUGGAUAAGAAAUGCGGUUUCAUGGCAGGAAAGACCUUUUCACUGGCUGAUGUGGCUGUUUAUCCAAGCAUCGCUUAUGUCUUCCAUUAUGGGUUAAGUGAAGAGCGUUACCCUAAACUGGCGGCCUACUAUAACUGUCUGAAGAAAAGACCAAGCAUCCAAACCUCCUGGCCCCCUACCUGGCAGGAGGCCCAUGAGGGAUCAGAAAUGCUCAAAGACCUCUGAGAUUCAGACGCACUUCAGCCGACACACUGGAACUGUUCCUGUUGUGUGAUAUGUAACCACUCCUUGCAUUGCACUUCUCUAGCUGGCUGCACUUUUUAAGGAAUAUGCAUUUGCUGUGGUUAUGAAUUCCCUGACAUCAUUUUGCUUCCUUAAACUGCAGAUUUAUUAUUUUUCGUGCUGUAAACAAAAACAAUAAACAUUGGCUUUUCAACUUUG